UAGAGAUGAAAGAGGAACAUAACGGUGAAUGGAAAUGUUUCAUGACACUAGACACAGAUAUGCAAGGCAUUACAGAAACAGUUAAUGUUAUUGUCACCAAGAAUUUUGUGGCACCUGUGGAGUCAGCAGUGUAUGCACCUCUAGGAGAAAGGGCAGUCAUGUCAUGCAACAGUUUGCUGAAAGAGACAAGUUUUUCAUAUUGUUGGUUUAAAGAUCCUACUGGCUUAUUAAUUAAUACCAGGGAAGAUCUUUUAGAGACUUACAAUUAUUAUGGAGCUGGUAAUGAGUAUGGUGAAUGUGGCAUUGAAAUAAAACACGUUGGUCCACAACAUAUUGGCUUGUGGAAAUGCAUGGUUGCCCUUGAAGAAGGAGAGUAUGAAGUGAAAGCUGAAGGCAGCAUAAGUCUCAAUGUUUCCGAUUUCAGUACAGGAAUUUUUCCCAGCUACCUAGAAAGUGUAGAGGGGAAUGUGGUGGUACUAAAACUAUUACACAGUAUGGAAAGUGUAAAUAAAUGUGAUCUCAUAACACCCAGUGGGAAUACUGUGGAUCUUCAACCAAAUCAGCGCUUCCAAGUUGAUGCUGAUGUACAGGCAGAGUAUUGUGGAAUAGGACUGGAGUCUGGAGACUGUGGAGUCUGUCUCCAUGGCCUUACACCAACAGGCACUUUUGAGAUGUGGCAUCUGUCUGCAAAUAGCUCAGAUGGUAGUAGUGCUGAGGGACUUGCUUUUGUUUCUGUGUCAGCUUCCACAGAAAUGAAAAAUGCUUCAAAGGUAGUUGAAGUGCAACUGGGAAGCAACCUAACUCUUACCUGUGGAGACAACAUUAGCAAAGAUUAUUGUGUGUUUCAAGGUCCAAGGCCAGAAAUUUCAACUGGAAUAUUGACCUCAUGCAAAGUUUUACUGUCUCCGGUAGCAAAACUACAUUUAGGGAUCUGGACAUGUACAAUUGGCCUACCACACACGACAAAAGAAAUCCAAGAAGUUAUUACUGUAACUGACUUAGAUCCACAACUCUCAGCAAUGGUACAAGGUGAUGCCACAGUGUCUGGUAGUGUUAGUAUGCACUGCACCAUUCCCAGGAGCCUCACAUUCUGUCGCUUCAAACCUCCUUACAAUGAUUCAGCAUUUGUACUGUCUCCUGGUGUGAUCACAGGAAACUACAGCUAUGUUGGAACUGGACUCAAUCAUGGUGAUUGUGGUCUGCAUAUAAAAAGCAUCAGUGAUUUUGACAUUGGCCCUUGGCAGUGUUCAGUAGGUUGGCAAGAAGAGGGCUUCUCACACUAUGCCUCUGUUAUUAUUGGACUGGGAAAUUCUGCCAAUGAAACUGUGUCAGACAGCAAAAACGAAAUUCUGGCUGUUUUUGGUUCAAAACUAGAAGUUAGUUGCCAAGCUAACGUAAUUCUUGCAUAUUGUUGGAUGCGCCAUCCCAGUGGAUCCCAGAUAGUGCCUGAGCAGGAUGAUGAUUUACUUUCAGUGGGAAAAUGCAAAAUAUCUGUUGAAACUACUAAUUAUUCUGACUCUGGUAUCUGGGAGUGUCAUAUGGGAGGCACAUAUUCUGCUGGUGAUGAGAUUAUCAUCUCAAGAUCUGUUUUCAUUUCAGGAACAAGAUUAUCAGCAGAAGAAAACAGUUUGUUAGUCUCCCCAGGAGUUACAGCUUACAUUACAUGCCACUCAGUACCUCAGGGCUCAAGUCUUUCUUACUGCAGAUUCAUACGGCCAGAUGGUACAAAUAUACCUGCAAUCCCAGGGGUCAUGAAAGAAAAAUAUAUAUAUUAUGGUGAUGGACUGGAAAGUGGCAUAUGUGGUCUGCAGAUCAAUAAUCUGCAGAAUGAAGAUAUUGGUAAAUGGACAUGUGCAGCAGAAUUACAAGACGAUAGAUCUGAAGCCACUGACGUCAUACAAAUCAACAUUAGUGAGACAUCUGUUGUUUCUGUGAGCAUUAUAGUUGUAGCUGUAGCAGUCAGUCUAAUUGUGGCAUCUGCUGGGGCUAUAUGGUGUGUAAAAAGACAUUACAAGCGUUCUAAACAGCCUGUGCCUCCCAUUGUUUUCUCAGAACUUAAAGAGUCUGUCUCACAAUCUGAUACAGGCUCAUAUUUAUCCAGUGACAGCAGUUCACAAAGUGAAACACCUCACAGAAUGAGUUUGAUACACAUUUAAUUCAGUGAGUUAGCACAUAACUACAGCUUUGUCAUGCUGUCUAAAUUUUGUACUGAAUACCUCGAUUCCUGUUAAGGAUAUUAUUAUUAUUAUUGUUAUUGUCAAUAUUAUUAUCAUCAUCAUCAUCAUCAUGAUUACUAAUCAUUGGUCAUCCCACAUCCAGUGCUGGGUAAAGGUCUUUUCUAGACUUUUUCAUGUAUUACAGCCUUCAGCAUUAUUAUUAUGCAAUUGUUGCUGUA